UGCGCAGUACGCGGAUGCCUGGGAGUGUCUGAGCGGCUCGUUGGACGUGAACCCAACCCGCAGUAACUGAAGCCGAGAAGAGCAUCUGCAUGAACAAUGAACCGGCUGACUGGGAAGGAAAUAAUGUGGUGAAGCGGACAUGAACUGGACGUUUAUCAAGAGUGUCGUGUCGGGAUUGUACAAGAGCAGGGAUUUGCUGGACAUCUGUGGUGUGAAUGACCUCUAACGGUACAGGGAAUUUGUAAUUUCUAGUACUUUGUUGUCUGCAGAGUCAAUCCUCUUAAAGACUGAUAGUGUUAUAUUGGCGGGCUUGUGUUCGCUUGUUGAUGAACAUUCACAGUACCGUCAGUAUAACUGGCUGCAUAUCUAAAGGUUGAAUGUCUUAAUCUGAACAUCUUUAUCAGUAGCUGAUUAUUUGAUGGCCUGUGGUCUAUUAAAUUUUUUACCAAAGUGCUAAAUAGUUGCUGCAAAGUCAGUUCUUAAUUCAGUGUUUUUUAGUCCACUAAUUAAAUCAUUGCUUCUUAUUCACCUGCUUCAACCACAGAGGUGUGUUUUAAUUCACACCUUUACAUUUAGGACACUACUGCAUUGACUCACAGAGAUACUGGUGGCAGACAAAGCUGCUGGAUGUCAUGAGUUGGCCAUCUGUUGUGGGAACCUACUUAAACCUGCAAGCAGAUUAAUAACCAGUGAAAGGGUCCGAGGCAUCAGUCAGGACAUUUCUGUGCCAGGACUUCCCCGUGGAGCAGGAGGAGAUGCUGAGGGCCACCGUGGGCUUGGUGGAGGAGAGGGAUGAGGAGCAGGAGGACGAGGGCGAAGAAGAGUUGAGGGACGGAGGGGUGCCUUUCUAUGUGAACAGGGGAGGCCUCCCGGUGGAUGAGGAGACUUGGGAGAGGAUGUGGCGCCAUGUGGCUCGAAUCCACCCCAACGGCGAAGCUUUGGCAAAGGAGAUCCGGGGUGCCACUGACCUGCCCAAGAUUCCAGUACCGAGUGUGCCUACAUACCAACCUACCACCACUAUCCCACAGCGCCUGGAAGCCAUACAGAAAUACAUCAGGGAAUUGCAGUACAAUCACACGGGAACACAGUUUUUUGAAAUCAAGAAGAGCCGUCCUCUCACUGCGUUGAUGGACAUUGCUAAGGAGAUGACACGGGAGGCUCUGCCAAUCAAAUGUCUGGAGGCGGUGAUCUUGGGGAUUUACCUCACCAACAACAUGCCGGGUGUGGAGCGCUUCCCCCUCAGCUUUAAGUCUCAGUUCUCAGGGAACCACUUCCACCACAUCGUGCUGGGAGUUCACAGUGGGGGACGUUUCGGCGCGCUGGGCAUGAGCCGGAGGGAGGACCUCAUGUUCAAGCCCCUGGAGUUCCGCACGCUGAUGGACUUGGUGCAGGAGUUCAACGGGGCCUACAGGGGCUACUGGCACACCCUCCACAAGGUCAAGAUCGGCCAGUACGUGUCCCACGACCCUCACAGCGUGGAGCAGAUAGAGUGGAAGCACUCCAUACUGGACCUGGACAAGCUGACCAAGGAGGAGCUGCGGAAGGAACUGGAGAGACACACUCGAGACAUGAGGCUGAAGAUAGGAAAGCCUGCGCCUCCCUCUCCCACCAAAGACAGGAGAAACAGCAUGGGUUCACCCCACAGAGGGCCGAGCAGUCCCAUCCGCAGGAUCAGCCGCGUUGAGAGACGUCCCUCCGGAGAGAAGAAGGUCUUGGAACAAAAACCAUCCGCAGACAUGAACGGAUACCAGAUUCGAGUCUGAAGAAAGACUUUUUUGGUUUGCUUGUGAAACUUAAGGUACCACACAAUUGUCUCAUGAGGCCAUUGAUUUACUCUAAGGCUUAAUUCUUUGUCCACAUUGGCCUGUUCACGGGAUGCAGCGUUGAAUGGGUCACCAGCAACUUUUCCUCCCAAAAACAAAUGCCUCAUUCUGCUUUCUGAUGUCUGUGUUGUUAGAGGCUUUUUUUCUUGGAGCAGUUACUGUGCUUAGUAAUUGGUGCUGGCAAUGCUCCCAAAUGAUUAAAAAAGGGUCAAAAGUGCAGUAAUUUGUAAACAUUUUUAAAUAAGUUUUGCGUACACGAUGUGAAAUAUGUCGCUUCCCUGAAGCCGGGCAAAACUACCACUCAGUGUAAAUGUGCUACUAGACAUAUCAUAGGUUUUGUGGUGUUGUUACGUUCAACAAAAGCUCUUAAGGCUUGUCUGCAAUCUGUAUUGGCGUACUGUAAGUGUGCAAAUACAUGUAAUGUAAUUUUAACUCCACUUAGGCUCUGCUGGGCAGCAAGUGCUUGUGUAGUGACUAGUUUGUAAACCACUACCCCUCGUGCCUUGUACGACAACUCAAAGAGAAGAAAAACACUUUUUUAUAUCCAAUCCAUUACUGUCAUUUUCUCACUAAACACAAAGCAGUGUCAUCUCUGCUCUUCCAAAUUACUCUGAAGUAAACUGUGUGACAGUUAAAUAACCAGAUGCUAGCAUGUUUAGCAUGGUAUUUACCUUAAAGAUAUGUUGACUGAAUAUGGGAUUGAAUACAUUGUAUACCUAAGUAUAUCUCAGUGUAAGACGGCUGUUUGCUGAAUAUAAAAUCUUUCAGUGAACCAAGACAGUUAUUAAGGUGACUCAUGGUAAUGCAGCUGACUGACCUCAUCUGCAUAUAAUGUAGAUGUAAAUUAUUAAGUCAGUGUAUAUGUACUGUAUAACUGCUUUUAUUCAUAUAUAUAUAUAUAUAUAUAUUAUAUAUAUAUAUAUAUAUAUAUAUAUAUAUAUGUGUGUGUGUGUGUGUGUACACAUUGUUUCUAACUAUUAUUUGUAGCAACUUGAUCAAAUAUGUCACUUGCCUUAAGUGGUAUCCAAGCAACUGACUUCCAUUUAAGCAAAGGUGUAAGGACGUUUGUUUACAGCACUUUUAUCUGCAUUUUGUAAUUUUUUUUAUCUGAAAUGGUCAUUUUAUACUUCUUUCAGUGUUCACUAGCAGACCACUAAAUAUUUACCACGCACUGUUCUGAAUAUGUUGCCACAGCCAACAUUUUUACGUGUACACUCGAUGUCGUCCAUUUUCAUUUCAAUAUUCUCUAACACAGUCGUUUUGUACCAAAAAAACUGUUGAUUUACAGGAUCACAAUAAAGUGUCACCAAAAUCGUGGCAACUCA